AAUUUAAAAAACAUCUUCUCGCGCGCCGUGCCCAGUGACCACUGCCCAGUACUGCUGCCCUUUUAUUUCUUCAGAAUUGAGACUUGAGAAGAAACCAGAUCUUCUUACCUCUCAGCUCAAAAUCAUAAACCUCUCACAAAUUUACUAAAGCUCUAUUUCCAGUCUUCAAAAACUCCCAAGCCUUAAUACCAAAAAAAUGGCCUCCAUAGUUCCUCACUCUGUCUCCGACGAUAGGGACCUCGACGACGCAGAUUUAUGGGCCGUAAUCGACUCCGCCGUGGCCUCUCAUUCCGCCUCCAAAUCCCUCGCUAUCAGAUCCCCCAAUUUCCAAUCCCUAUCCCCAAUCUCAAACCCCUCGCCGCCAUCAAAGCUCUCUAAAUACCCUAAAACCCCAAACUCCAACCAGUCCGACACCAAAUCUAGGGUUUCGGUCCAAGGCGAGGUGAUUCAGGAACCCUGGGUCUAUCGCCAGCCUCGGAAGGUCGCAAGGACUUGUGCUUCGGAAGCUAGCGAGACCAGUCCUCUUAUCGUGCUCAAAAACGUGCAGCGCACGCCGACCACUCCGGUGUAUUCGUCGCCGGAAGCGCAUUUGUCGCCGGAGAUUGGGAAGUUCAGUGUGAAGGAGCUUAGUCCUCGUUCGGAAAGCUAUGGGCGGAGCGAGGAGAAGCAUAUGGUGCAUAGCUUGUCUGGGAGGUUCCCUUCAGUUUCACUGUUUAAGGAGUAUCAGAAUACAGCUAUGGCGAUAUUGGAGAGAAGUGAUUACGUGAUGAUUUCUGGAAACCCUUUCAUAAAAAAAUCAGGGUGGAGGAAGAUAUCAUUCUACUUCAACCUCUCUUUUGAAAUCAGAGACAAGACUAUUGAAUUUGAUGAAAAUCGAAAUGUUCAGCGUGCUGAAUUUGUGGUUCGGGCAUACAUGCAAGGUGGUAGGUUCUCAGAUGGGUGGGGCUCAUGUGAGCGGCGUGAGAAGAGAUUUUUAAAACCAAAUCAUGAUAUACCCAGUACAGCAGAGACCAGAGCGAAAAAUAAAUCAUGCCAAGACCUGCUUGGAAUUGGAGAAUAUCGACCGGGUGCAAGCCAAGGCCAGAGAUGAGAAACAUCAACCUCGAAUCCAGUCAGCAAUUCUGGUCCACCACAUCCUCUGAAUUGUGUUAAGAAAUUAUCAGAUUCAGACUGGGUAUGGUGUCAGCAAAAAGCUCUCACCAGUCAACAUAUUUACACUGAUUUGACCAUGAAUUGUAAAAAGGAUUUUACUAAUAUGUACCCUAAGGGCACACAUUAACUGGACCCUUGUAAAAAUGAGGUAAAACAAGAUUCUGUAUAUGACUAUAUGCUUGUUCAAGUGAGCCUAAUUGUUCCUUCAACAAGUGAAAGCAAUUGAAACAUGCAUAUAUAAAGAGAUGAAAUUUCAUUUUUCUCCCCUCCUAGGGGAAAUGAACAAGAAGGGAAGGCAGGAAUAUGAAGAAUAACGUCUAUUUUUGCUGUUGUUGUGCAACAAUCCAAAAAUCAUGAUGAAAUUGAAGAGUUUGAGACUUUUGAGAACGUAUGCAGAAUGUGUCAGAGCUUGGGCAGAAUUGCAUGAUAGCGAAGGGAGCUUGUGUUGGACAAGGGAGUAAGAGAAUAGAGCUUUUGGACCAAAAAGAAAAAGUAGGCCUCCAAAGACAGGAUGACGAAACAGUUGAUAUAUACCAAAGCACAACGAUUUCCAUUUUCAGUUUUUUCAGUCUUUAACAAGGCAUAUUGUCCUCCCCCAUAUUGAAAAACAAUAACCCAUCAUCCGUGGUGGCAAUACGUUCCACAAAAUUAGCUUCACAAGCCCCAUGUAUUACUAUGAGAUUAUUAUGCCAACGUAUAAAAUCACAAAAAUAGAUGCUGCAUGAAAUGGACCACAAAGAUUGGAAUAAUGGACCUGCCAAGUAUAACCUACCGUGGACCAAAAUUGAUAUUCUUUCUUGAAUUUUGAUUUUUAGGAUAAAUUAUUAGGUCAUGGAGGAUUGCUGAAAUGGUAUUCUUAGUCAUUUUAACAGAUAAAAUUCUGCUAUUUAUGCAAAUGUGAUAUUGCUUAGUAAUUUUUUUAUUUUUUUAUUUUUGUGUUGAUUAAGAAUCUAACUCACAUUUACAUAUAUGACAUUAUUUCAUUGGUUAGGAGGACCAUUUUAGCAAUGUUUUGGUGUACUUAAUAAUUUCUCCAUUUUCAGCGUUGACAGCAUUUUUCUAUGAAAAGAGAUAUGGUUUUCAAAUGAUCUCCAAUAAGGAAGUGAGUUUUUAAGCACCAGCAUUAGAUUUUGUGUUUCUAUAAAAGUCAUAAAAAUAUAGCCAGGUGGACGAUUGUGAUUUGUUUAAACAACAAAUCAAAGCAACAAAAAUAAUCCAAUAUAUGAAGGGCUAUUCUAGUAAUUUAGAGCCAAAAAAGAAAAGGAAAGUAGCCUUCCUCUGGUCCUCCCUGCCUUACUGUGUCCCUUUUUGUGUCACUCCCCCGUACAAAAAUUAUUCUUAUUUCCAUGAGUUGCAUCUCCUUCCGCUAGCUAGUCUUGUCUGCUGAGGCAGAGAGAGACACAUAGAAAAAACGAUUAGGUGAUAAUGGUGGAAUGACAGUUCAUUCUUUCUCUGAGGUGACCUCCUAGUAUAUCAGUCAGUCCCGCUUUCUUUAACUACUUCGGGGCUACA